AUGGUUUUACUCAAAAGUGUUCUAGUGGCAGUUGGCGCCGCUUCCGCGUUGGCACAAUCGAGCGCGUCGGCUUCGGCGUCGGCUUCGGCGUCGGGAAGCAGCUGUAACCCACUAAAGACGUCUGGGUGUGCGCCAGACACCGCGCUGGGAUCGUCGUUCGCAGAGUCGUUCAACUCGCAGCCUCAGCAUUUCAGCAAGCCGGACGCGGCCACGGGCCAGAUCAACUACACCGACAGCGGGAUGUCCAUGACCAUCAGCAAACGGUACGACAACCCCAGCCUCAAAUCGGACUUCUACCUGAUGUUCGGGAAAAUCGAGGUCGAGUUCAAGGCGGCCCCAGGCCAAGGUAUCGUGUCGUCGUUCUAUCUGCAGAGUGACGACCUCGACGAGAUCGACCUGGAGUGGACCGGCGGCGACGUGACUCAAUUCCAGUCCAACUACUUUUCCAAGGGAAAUACCACGACUUUCGACAGAGGCGAGUUCCACGGCGUCGACGCUCCACAGGACACAUUCCACAACUACACCAUCGACUGGGCCAUGGACAAGACCGUGUGGUCUCUCGACGGAUCCGCCGUUAGAACUUUGGCAAACGACUCCAGCCAGGGCUACCCACAGUCUCCCAUGUACCUGAUGAUGGGAUGCUGGGCAGGCGGAGACUCCAGCAACGCUGCCGGCACCAUCGAAUGGGCUGGCGGUCUCACCGAUUACACAAAGGCUCCAUUCAGCAUGUACGUGAAGCGCGUCAUCGUCACCGACUACUCCUCGGGCGACCAGUACUCGUACAACGGCCAAGAUGGAACUUGGGAAUCCAUCGAAGCCAAAAACGGUGAAGUUUACGGGAGAUACGAAAAGGCUCAAUCGGAAUUUUCCGCUUUGGCUGAAGGCCAGACCGUGAGUUCCAGUUCCACUUCCAGCGCAACCUCCUCUGCCAGCUCCUCUGCCAGCUCGAGUUCUAGUGCAAGCUCUUCUGCCAGUGCCAGUUCAUCUGCCAGUGCCUCAGCGAGCGCCUCGAAAUCCUCCGCUAGUUCUUCAUCUUCCAGCUCCACCAGCUCCGCCGAGUCUUCCACUGCUUCAUCUUCCAGCUCCACCAGCUCCGCUGAGUCCUCCACGGCUUCGUCUCUAAGCUCAUCGGCUCUAUCCAGCUCGAACACUGCGUCAACAAUUUCGAGCUCUGCUGCUAGCUCUAGUUCUGUUUCUGAGCUAAGCUCUGCCACUACUUCAAUCUCAGGCUCAGCUGUUUCUACCUCCAACACUAUUUCAUCGAGAUCUUCCACUUUGGCUACCUCGACAAUCUCAUCCUCUUCCUCCAGCAGCUCUUCCUCUCAUUCUGUUCUCAUUAAUUCCAGCAACGCCGUCCAAUCUUUACAGAUGAGACUAUCUCCUCUCUUGGCGGCAUUGGCUUUCCUCAUCUAA